AUCCGUUUCGCCUUUGUACGCGCGCGUCUCAGCCCGUCCUGGUCACCGUCCUAGGGGGGCUGCUGCUUCUCCUGGGCGUCUCUGCCACGCUCUGCGUGGGCUCAGUUUCCCCAGCUGGGCCCACCUCUGCCCCUCGGGGCCCGGCCGCCCUGCCCCGACAGGCGCCGUGUCUGCGCACGUGUGCGCGUUCCUGCGCGGGGCGGAGGCGAGACCGCAGAGCCGCCCCGCCGGCCGCACCCCUCCCCUCGCGCCCCUCCCGCCGCACCCUUCCGCCCCUCCGCGCCCCUCGCGCCGGCAGCCCACACCCGGGCCUCUCCCCAGGCGGCUGCACCGUCGGACUCGGCCCCGCGCCGCCGGAGCCGGGCCUCCCUGCCGGCUGGCGGAGAGCGGAUCCCGGGACCAGUGGAGGGGCGACCACCGCAGGUCAGGAGGGGGCUGGGGACAGAAGCCCAGAGCCGCGGGCUGCGUCUGUUGCCCACCGCGAGUCCCACCCCGUGGGCGUUGUCAGCACAGGCGCCCGCGCUGGGAUGUGUGUGGGCAGCCCGCACAGUUGCCAAGUGCGGGGUGUGGCACUCUGAGCAUAUUUCGUGGGCCCGGAGUCGGGGUAGAGGUGCCUGUCUCUGUGCUCGGGCUUGGUCUGGCAGACAAAAGCCGGCCUGGGUCACCCGCCAGCCAGGAUCUUGGAAGAGCCCCUCACUGUGAGAUGGAGCUUCUUGGAGCACUACCAGCCUACAGAACUCUGCCGCCCAACUCCAGCCAUGGGGCAGGCGUGGUCCGCGUGGAUAAGACAUGGACGGGGCAGGACAGAGGACCGUGGGGAGGGGAAGGGGAAGCCCUGGCCCCCAAUGCCACCUCCUCAUUCCCCCCGGAGCCUCCCGGAGCCUCCAGUAGCAUCAUUCCAGUCUACUGUGCCCUCCUGGCAGCUGUGGUCCUCGGCCUGCUCUCCUAUGUAGUCUUCAAGUGCUGGCGCUCACAUAAACACAAACAGAAGCUGGCCAAAGCUCGGACGGCAGAGCUGGGGAGCCAGAUGCACGGAGAGAGCAGUAUCUUUCUGGACACUCCUAUUAAUCUGGACCCCUGCGCCCCCAGCCAGGGGCAGCAUCCUGAGCUGGGCUGCAGACUUUAUCUUCAUCUCCCUCGGCAGCAGCAGGAGGAAGUGGAGCGGCUCCUGGAGGUGUCAGAGGAAGCUGACACGGGCUGGCAGGGCCUGGCGGGCCGUCUGGGCUACCCGACUGAGGCUGUGGCGACUAUGGCUCAGGGCCAGGUGCCAGCCCACACCCUGCUGAGGGACUGGGCUGUCCAGAAGGGCAGCAGUGCCACCCUCAGGGUGCUAGAGAGUGCGCUGACUGCCAUGGGCCGGGAAGAUGUGGUCCGGGUUCUGAGUUCCCCGCCUGAAGGCUGCUCUGUGGUAUGAGCGCUAACUCCCCUGCCCAGCCCCUCAGGGGGCUAUUCUGGUGCUCCCCCCUUCUUCCUUCACUGGCCUUUCCUGUUUUGAGGACACAUGGUUUGGAGUCCACGAAGUUUCAAGUUGCCACUCACCGCCCCUUUCUCUACCUUCCUCUGGGACAGGGAUAUUGGGGUAGUUGACAAUGGGGACUGUUCCUGCUCUGAUCCUCUGCACCUCUCCUUCGCCUCGGCCACUCUUUUCUGUUUGUACCCCGUA